AUGAUUCCUAAGUUUGGACAUUUUUUUGAUUCUAGGAGUCGGACGGCAUUUGAAAGGGCCAAAACGGACGUUUUCAGAAUUAGAACUCACAAUGUUGGAGCUUUAAAAAAAAUAAGGAUUGAGCACGACAACACGGGUAUGAAUGCCAGCUGGUUCCUGGACCGAGUGGUCAUCACAGAUGUGAUCCGGCCUCACUUGAGGUUCUACUUUUCUUGUAAUAACUGGCUCAGUAAAGUGGAAGGAGACAGCCUUUAUGUUAGAGACCUGCUGGCCACCAUGGACCCCAUGGACAUGCCCAAAUAUAACAAAUAUGUGGUGAGCGUUUUCACUGCGGAUGUCAAAGGGAGCGGAACAGAUGCGGACGUCUUCAUCAACAUAUUUGGAGAGCUUGGGGAUACAGGGGAGAGGCGACUCGACAGUGACAAAAACAACUUUGAAAAAGGCACAGAGGACAAGUUCACUAUUGAGGCGCCGAACUUGGGCAAAAUUAGGAAGAUCACCAUCGGCCACAACAACAAAGGCUCGUCAGCAGGAUGGUUUGUAGAAAAGGUGAUAUUGGAUGAUAUGGGAAACAAAAUAGUGUAUGAAUUUCCUGUCAAUCGUUGGUUUGCCCUGGAUGAGGACGAUGGGAAGAUUCAGAGGGACGUCUUAGUGGGAGGGAAUCAGCCCACAGGUAUUGUGUACAACAUUCAGAUUGUGACAGGACACGUCCGAGGAGCGGGAACCAAUUCCAAAGUCCACAUUGUGAUGCACGGCACCAAAGGCCUGAAGAACAGUGGCAAGGUAUUUUUGGAGGGAGGGAAGUUUGAGCACGGUCUGACCGACAUCUUUAAUGUUGAGAUUGCUGCUCUCCUCAGUCCCCUCAGCAGAGUCACAAUUGGACAUGACAAUGACGGCAUGAGUGCCGGGUGGUACUGCGAGAAGGUGGUCGUGUACUGUCCGUUCACAGGAAUCGAGCAGACCUUCCCCUGCAGUAAAUGGCUGGAUGAUGAUGAGGGGGACGGGCUGAUCGAGCGGGAGCUGUAUGAGAUGGUCUCUCUUAGGCAAAGGAGACAGAAGAAGCACCCCUGGUCCUUGUGGAUUUGGACGUCAGACAUACCCAGCGCAGGAACAGAUGCAGAUAUUUCCUUUCAGGUUUACGGAGAAAAGGGUAAAUCAGAUGAGAUCAGGCUGGACAAUAAAUCUGACAACUUUGAGCAGGGACAAGUGGAUAGAUUUAUGGUUGAGCUGCCUGAUUUGGGAAAACUGAUCAAACUUCGAAUCUGGCACGAGAAGAGGCAUCCAUUUGCAGGAUGGCAUCUGGGCAAGGUGACUCUGAUGAAGACCUUGACAAAGGAGAAGUACACGUUCCCAUGUGAGCGCUGGCUGGACAUCAGCGAAGAUGAUAAUGAAGUUGUGAGGGAGCUUCCAGCCAGUGGAGAUCUGAUUAAUGAACCACUGCCUGUGAUUAAAUACAGACUGACAGUCUGUACGGGAAAUGUUGGCGGGAGUGGCACAGAUGCCUCCAUUUUUAUAAACCUGAUUGGAGACCUGGGAGACACCGGAGAACGGCAGCUGAUCAACUGCAAAAACAAUGUCAACAAGUUUGAAAAAGGAAAUAUGGAUGAGUUUAUAGUUGAGGCAGUAACCAUCGGGCACAUCCGCAGGAUGAGGAUUGGACAUGAUGGUAAAGGUGGAAGCUGCGGAUGGUUUCUGGACAAAGUGGUUGUGAGAGAAGAAGGAAAGGCAGAGGCCAAUGCUGUAGAAUUCCCCUGCAACAGGUGGCUGGACCGCAAUGAGGACGAUGGACAGAUCUUUAGAGAAUUGGUGCCAUUCUCAGAUGGACAGCGUCUUUACAAUAUCAGUUAUCGGAUCGCAGUGAAGACAGGUGACAUCCCCGGUGGCAGCUCAGACUCCAACGUGUUUGUCAAGCUCUACGGGGAGAAAGGAGACACCGACAAGAUGAUGCUCGUGGUUUCUACCAAUAACUUGGGGAACUACUUCGAGACGGGCCGCGUUGACAUCUUCACAGUGGAAACUUUUGAUAUCGGACAGAUCAACCGCUUGAUGAUCGGUCACACCAAUAAAGGGAUGCGUGCUGGUUGGUUCUUGGACAGCGUUCAGAUUUUGGUUCCAGUUCAUGGACAGAAAUACAUGUUCCCCAGUCACCGCUGGCUGGACAAGGAUGAGGCUGAUGGGAAGACCGAGGUGGAGAUUUACCCAAGCGAGAUACUAGAUAUGGAACAAUUGAUAAGCUACGAGAUAGUAGUAGUUACAGGAGAUGUGAUGUUCGCCGGCACCAACGCCAAAGUGUUCAUCCAGAUCUACGGGGAAAAGGGAAAGACUGAAGUUAUCAGGCUUGAAAGCAGAUCCAACAACUUUGAGAGGAACACAACUGAAAUAUUCAAGAUAGAGGCGAAAGACGUGGGCAAGAUCUUCAAAGUGCGCAUCGGACACGACGACUCAGGGAUUGGAGCCGGUUGGUUCCUGGAGACGGUAGACGUCAAACAUUUAAUUCUGGCAUUGGUGCCCAAGGAGAAGAAAAAAGAAGACAAGAAGAAAAAAAAGAAAAAGAAGAAAGACGAGGAGGAUGAGGAUGAAGAAGGAGGAGAGGAGAUGCAGGAGGUGGUGCUUACGUAUCAUUUCCCCUGUUCGCGCUGGCUGAGCAGGGGGGAGGAGGACGGGGAGCUGGCGGUGGAGCUGCUGCCCGAGGAUGCUGAAAAUCUGGAAGUCAACACCUAUGAAGUGUGCGUCUUCACCGGUGACAUGCUGGGAGCUGGGACAGAUGCCAAUGUCUAUAUUAAUAUUUAUGGGGAGAACGGAGACACCGGAGAGCGCUUCCUGUGGAAUUCUGACAACAUUAACAAAUUUGAGAGAGGCCAGGAGGAUGUUUUUAUUGUGACAGCGAUUGAUUUAGGCCUAUUGAAGAAGCUGCGAAUUCGCCAUGACAACUCUCAGCCUUACUCAUCCUGGUACCUGGACCGUGUUGAGAUAGUGGACACGCAGGAGGACGUAACGUACUACUUCCCCUGUAACCGCUGGCUCGCAGUCAAGGAGGACGAUGGUCAGAUCGCACGAGAGCUGGUUCCUGUUGAUGAGGCCUUUAUGAGGAAGGAUGAGGAUGAGGAGGGCACAGGAGGGGCCACUCUGGGUCUGGAGCAGAAAUCCAUGUCGACUACAUAUACUCUUAAAAUAAAAACUGGGGAAAAAAAGUAUGCUGGGACGGAUGCCAAUGUUUUUGCCAUACUUUUUGGAGAAAAUGAUGAUACAGGGAUUGUCAAUCUAAAGGCCUGUAAAAACUAUAAGAACAAGUUUGAGCAGGGGAUGAUUAAUGAGUUCACUGUGGAGGCUGUGGACCUGGGCGACCUGGAGAAGCUUCAAAUUGGACACGACAACUCAGGAGGUUCACCUGGCUGGUUUUUGGACUGGGUCGAAAUUGACGCCCCCUCUCAGGGACAGAAACUACGUUUCCCAUGUGGCCGCUGGUUGGAUAAAGGAGAGGAUGAUGGUGUGAUCAUGAGGGAUCUCUAUCCUGCUGAGUUACAGACUGAAUUCUACACUCCAUUCGUGCCUUAUGAGAUCAAGAUUUUCACCAGCGAUGUGUUUGCUGCGGGGACAGACGCUGAUGUGUUCAUAGUCUUGUACGGACAAAACGGGCUGGGCACGCAGCAGAAGCACCUGUGUGUCAACGAGAGAGAACGGCGGCUCUACUUCGAGAGAGGAGCUGAGGACAUGUUCAUUGUGGAGCUAGAAGACAUCGGUGAUGUUAUAGAGAAGAUCAGGAUCGGGCACGACAACAGGGGCACCAAUCCAGGAUGGCACCUUGACCGAGUGGAGAUCAGGCGACAGCUCCGGAAAGGAAAAGGUUCAGAGACAACAAUUUUCCCAUGUGAGUGUUGGCUGGCCAAGUCUGAGGAUGACGGUGAGACGGUGAGGGAGCUGGUCCCCUCUGACAUCAUCACGCAGAAACUCCUCAGGGACGGGACGCUGAAGUCAACCGAGACCGAGGUGGAGGAUGCUUUGGAGACUCACACAUACAAGGUGUCGGUGCGGACAGGCGACAUGCACGGAGCGGGAACUGAUGCCAAUGUUUUUCUCACCAUCUACGGAGACCUGGGAGACACAGGAGAGCGAAAACUCGCCAAAUCUGAGAACAACAAAAACAAGUUUGAGAGAGGAGAGGUGGACAGGUUUACAAUCGAGGCUGUGGACCUGGGACAGGUGUUUAAAAUCCGUAUUCGCCACGACAACUCCAUGGUUGGUGCUGAUUGGUACCUUGACCAGGUUGAGGUGCAAGAUGUGGAAACAGAAGAAGUUUAUAUGUUCCUGUGUGAACGCUGGUUGUCAAAAAAGAAAGAGGACAAACAGACUGAGAGGACAUUCUUCGUCAAGGCGUAUGAGGGUGAAAGGAAUACAGAUCCAUACUUUAAGAAGAUGGCCCAAAACAGACAAGGUCUGGACCGAAACGCCAACAAGAAGAAAAAGAAGAAAAAGGUGGCAGUAGUGGAAGAAGGUCCAAUCAUCCCGUACCAUUUCACACUCUCCACGGGGGUCGACCGUGAUGCCAGCACUACUGCCAGGGUGUAUGUCAUCAUCAUGGGCCCCAACGAAGUCGAGACAGACCGUCUGUGGCUGGACCUGCCAGAAGGAAAGAAAUCCUUCAGCGCUGGCGGCAUGGAGCACUUUGUGUGCUAUGGAACGGACGUGGGAGAGAUCAAGAGGGUGGAACUUGGUCAUAACGGUGUCACACCAGAGAGCUGCUGGUUGGUGGACGAGCUGUCGGUUGCCGUGCCAACCAAAGGUAUCAAGUACAUCUUUCCAUGUAAGUGCUGGUUGGCAAAAGACAGGGGAGAUGGUCUGACUGCCAGACUGUUAAACGUGCUAGACUCCAGCACAAUCAACAUUAUCCGUAAAGUUAUUUAUUCAAUCACAGUUGUCACAGGAGACACUCAGUAUGCAGGGACGGAUACCAACAUUUUUUUGACUGUGUACGGGGCCAACGGGAGCACAGAGGAAAUGCUGCUGCCGAAAAAUGGAGAUAGGUUUGAAAGGGACCAAGAAGACACAUUCACCUUGGAGAUUGAUGACAUCGCUCCUCUGAAGAAGAUCAGAGUUUGGAUUGAUGGCAGCGGGUGUCGGCCCGACUGGUUUCUCGACAGGCAGCUGUCUCAGAAGGCAGGCUCUUUGAGUGAUGCGGGAGGAAGGGAGGGUGUUUGGCAGAGCUCCCCCUCCCGGAGGGAGGCGAUGGAGAAUUAA